AUGGAGUUAAAUUUCCUUCGUCUACCAUAAAUAGCAAGGAAUAAAGAUAUCGUUCAAAUUGCAUUUCUCCAGCUCGAUGGCAACGCUCGACCUCCCCACGAAGUCACGGGAUGGAUACAAACAACUGGCACACAUUGGUCGGGGCACCUACGGAGAUGUGUUUCUCUGUGAACAUGUUGAGAGUGAAGAUCAUAAACUAAAACUACUUAACGUCUAUGCUACUAUGAGUAGAAUGAGAUGUCUUACCGAAGUAGAGCUGUUGUAUCAACUUCCAGAACAUCCCAACAUCGUGGGAUUCCGUGAAGCCUUUUGGGUACAAAGUCCUGAAGGGAACCAGCAAGUUCUCGCUCUCGUUCUUGAACACGCAGAUGGUGGAGAUCUGGAACAGUAUCUUCGGCUUUCUCAGGUUAAAGAAGAAGACGUUCGUCGAAUCUUCCUUCAACUUGUACAAGGCGUCAGUCAUCUGCAUAGAAAUCGAGUGAUUCAUCGAGAUCUGAAGAGUAGCAACGUGUUUCUCUUUAAAUCUGGACGAGUUGUUCUGGGAGAUUUUGGAACUUCAAAGCUGCUUCAAACGACCGAACCAGAUCAAGCGUUGGAAGCUCAAGGAUUGACGUCUACAGUGGUCGGAUCUCCGCUUUACAUGAGUCCAGAGCUGUUAGAAGACGAGUCUCAUGGCUUUGCUACCGACAUCUGGUCUCUUGGCUGUGUACUGUACGAGAUGCUCUCGGGAGGGAAAGCUGCAUUCAAUGCUCCAUCGUACCCCGCUGUUGUAUUCCGAAUUACGCAAGGCGACUAUGAUCCUUUGGAUACGGGUCUCGUGUCCUUGGAAGUUAGAGAUCUAGUCGCCAGGAUGUUACAAAAAGAUCCUAAAUCACGGAUAAACAUAACGGAAGUGCAUCAAUCUCCUUGGCUUAUGGUACUCACUAGCACGGAGUUGCGAAAGAUAGACUCUCCACUGCAUCAGCAAUCUACACAAGGUGUGGUAACAGCAUCGAACUGCCAAGAAACGAUAGCUGGACAGCAAAUUCCAGCCACUUCAAUAGUUCAGUCGACACAGACGAGUGUUCUCCCUCCUCCUGCGCCAAUUGUGAACAAAAUCGUGGAAGUAUCACCACCACCAGCUCCGCAAACUCGAAAGGCGAAGGCGUCAGUAUGGCAAACUAACAAUUCACGCCGAAAGCGCAAAGAAGCUGAUCGAUUCCGUAACCAAGUAGCUUCUCCUUUGAUACGGCUUGAUGAGCAACCCCCACCUCCACCGAUGCUUCCGUCAAGGGCAAACUUCUCGACUGGGUCCACAAAGCCGCUGAAGCUUCAUCACUUGGACCACCGCAAUCUUCCAAGGCAAAGAACACCAGACCUCGAGAUUCGAGGUGUUCAUAUCACAGGGACCGCAAGAAGACACCAUUCAGCCCUCUCGGCACCGGAAGUGUAG